AUGGCCUUCUUUCAGUGCCACUCUGACUUCGCGCCGCUCUUCCGUCUACUCGACGACUAUGAGACCCACUGCUCGCGCCCCACACCCUCUUCAAGCUUCACCCCAUCCUUUGAUGUCCGUGAAGGAUCCGACGCAUACUACCUCGACGGCGAACUGCCAGGCGUCGACCAAAGCAACAUCGACAUUGAAUUCAGCGAUCCCCAAACCCUUGUCGUGAAGGGCCGCACAGCGCGCAACUACCAAAGCCAAAAUCACACUUCCGUCGCGGAGGCCUCCUCAAAGCAGGAGAGCCGCAGUUCUCGCCAGUGGCGCCAGCCAACCGUGCAGGACGAAGACGAGGCUGAGUCUGAUUCCGACAACAGCUACACGGAUGUCGAGUCUGCCAAGUCGAGCACGAUCGCGCAGAGCGCGAACCAAUCGCAGCCUCAGUUCCACUUUUGGGCGUCGGAGCGGUCAAUUGGAGAGUUCCAGCGCACUUUUAAUUUCCUCACGCGGGUCGAUCAAGAUAAUGUUCGGGCCAGUUUGAACAAUGGAGUUCUAUCCAUCGUUGUGCCCAAGGAGGCAGCGCCGAAGUUGAAGAAGAUCCGAAUUCUGUAG